CACACACACACACCACACACAGAGACACACACACACAGAGAGACACAUACAGAGAGACACACAGCCAUAAGAGUUGUAUUAAGUAAUUUAUUAAGUAAUCAUGAAUUAAAGUGUAUUUCUAAAUCUAUAAUUUCGUACUAACACUUCCUGUGUUUGCUGAGUUAGUGAUGUCAUAGAUGUGCUGGCUGCUGAUUGGUCCACAGACAGCAGGUGAGCGGGACGACAGGUGAUCAAUGAAACCUUCAUUCAUAAUUCAGAAGCUGCAGCGCGACGAGAGCAGAAACUCAGAUGUUCAUCAUGGAUCUGGAAAGCCUCGAAAGAUUAAAUGAAAUCCGUCCAUCCGUCGACAGAGUCGCCAUGAAGCUCCGGUCUCUGCAGAGACUCUGUCACAUGGACGCGGUGUGUUUUCGACACAUCACGGCGGCUCUCCCCUUGCUGCAACAGGAAGUUGGAUUGAACAGACAGGAUGUGACCGAAACACUGAAAAGGAUAUUCCACAGCGUGUCACAGGAAGUGGCGGGUCAUGUGACUUUAGAGGCUCCAGAGGAAACGUGCAAUCUGAUGUUCACGCUCAACGACCGGUCUCAGGCUGGUUUUAUAUCUGCUGCUUCUCUUCAAACUUCUCUUAUCGCUCUUUCAGCCGAAACUCUCCAGGUUAAAUACGCAGCUCUGGUGAGUGUAGCGGAAAGCAGUUCGGGGUCAGUCAGCCAGUCUGGACUCAGAUCUUUGCUACAGGAUCUCAGUCAGGUUCCUGCGGCGGUGCAGGAGGAAGCAGUGUUUGGUGGCGUGGAGGCGGCCAUGAGGUCGUGUUUUGACGGGGUGUUGACCCCGAUGGCGAGCAGAGAACAUGUGUUGUCAUGGCUGCAGGGCGAGCCAUGCCUGUUGCUAUGGUUACCCACUCUGUCGGUGGGUCAAAACGUCCGUCACGACGUCCGCUGCCACACCUGCAGGACACGCCCCGUCAUCGGACUCAGGUAUCGCUGCAGGAAGUGUGUGAACGUCCACCUGUGUCGGAGCUGCUUCCUGUCGCACAGAGAGACGAGGAAACACAAGAGUCACCACCCGCUGCUCGAGUUCUGCACACAGCCCACCUGGAGGGAGUCUCUUUCCUCGUUAGCGCACAGUGCUCGUCACAUGCUGUUGCCACGGCGACACACUCAGCGUGAGGCCGAGAGCCGGGGCCUGGUGUGGGCGGAACCUCAGAACAGUGCUCCGCCCCACUCUGAUGCCUCCACACAUUUGGCUGCCUCUGUUUCCCAUAAUGCAUCAGUGCAAUCUCUGAGCUGCUCGUCCAAAACUCUGCAGACUGACAAGGAGACGCCGACUCAGCAGGUGACUCAUAAUAAUAAUAAUAAUAUGAAAUAAUAAUAAGAAGAAUAAUAAUAACAUGAAUAAAAUCUUGUGUUGUUCAGCUGAAGGUGUCCGUUCUGUUGACUCAAGUCAGAAACCUGCAGAGAGACAAAUGGUUGAUGGAGCAGCAGCUGCAGGCGUGGAGGCUCACCGUCCAAUCAGAUCAGGGCGUCCUGGAGGACAGGUGCUCAGAGAUGGAGGUCACAAUGGA